ACCCGAGAGAGUCGCGUGCGCCGUGUUUUCAGAGCUAUAGUCCUGUCAAAUCGAACUUACAAACCCUCUACCUGCCUGUGUGUACUACUCUUAUCAGUACACUACACAGAGAGGCACUGACUGUUAUUUUCUUAUCAUAUGACGAUUUACCGUCCAACAGUAUUUCCGAUUUUUUUUUCGCUUUUCUGCGACAUCAGCAUUAGGUGUCUCCUCUUUUUUAAUGACGAGGUAAUCGAUUAAGGAGUUGUCAAUGAGAAAGCUAUCCAACUUGAAGUGCACUAGCGUUUGGACCUAAAGAUUUUUUUAUUGGUGAAUUUUUUCCCCGUAUUUUGGACUUCGUCUUCCAAGUUUUUUGUCCGCCCAACAAUGACCGCCAUGGAUACUUUCCUAUUGGACGAGGACUUUCUCGACUUCUACGAGCCUCUGGAAUACAGUGACGGCUUGGACAGCCAAGCGUCCAACGAAUCAGACGAGGACAAUUUCUUUUUCUUUACGGACAAGCAUACCGGCAAACCGGUGAAAAAACAACAACAACGAAAAGCCGCCAACAUGCGCGAGCGGCGGAGGAUGAAAUCCAUCAACGAUGCGUUUGACAACCUACGCAACUCCAUCCCAUCGAACCUUAACGCCGACCGGAGGUUGUCAAAAGUGGACACUUUGAGGUUGGCCAUUCGUUACAUCGGACAUUUGUCUAACUUGGUGGAGACCACUACUGACCUUCCCUCUGAGGCGGCCAUGAAAAAGAACAGUAGAGCCCACGAAAAAAUCAUCGUCCGCUGCCACUUCUCCGAUGAGACGGGCGGACUUUUGGAUCAACAGGAACCUCUUCUCGGGCACUCUCUCUCCUGGGAGAUAAAUAAGCCACCGAACCAAACCGGGACCAACCGUUACUCCGCCAAAGUCUGGGUUCCGGAAAUUCCAACCGAAUCCGACCUGAUUAAUCUAAGUUCCUAUUCCAACGACUUCCAUCAAUAUCUGUGAUGAUUCUUUUCCAAAACAAAAUCCCGAGGUUCUUCCGAAAAGAAAUACAUACUGACUUGUUGCAGACGAUAUUGUGAGCCAUAUUUGCAAAGCUAAGGUUUGGACAAAGUGCAUCGAAAUCAGAAAGAUACUUUGACUUCUUAAUCAUCGAAAAAUAAAAAUCCAUUUACCCAAGUUACCCGUGAAACGGUUGCUCUGCGGGGUGAUUUUUCUUGACAACGCCAUGCAAAAUGCGAUGUUAGAUGCAUGACAAUGAUGACGUCAUAGUAUUAUUGUUCUUGUUGAUUCUUAUUUAUUUGUUGAAUAUCGUACGAAACAAUUAUUUAUUUUUAUGCUGUAUUUAUAACAUGUUACACAUUUUAUAUUUUUAUAUGAUGAAGACUAUUACAUAUUGACUUUGCAAUCUUUGUAAAAUCAAUAAAAUUAUAAAUUCUUUC